AUGCCUCAUUCCCAGAAGGUAGUUGUUGUCGGAGGUGGCCCUGUCGGCGCGUUAUCUGCGCUCUAUGCAGCUAGAAGGGGUUAUCAGGUCGAGUUAUAUGAGCUUAGAGACGAUCCAAACUAUGGGGAUCCCAAUGCUAGGCCGGAUAUUGCAGUCAUCCCACUGGCACUCUCAGAACGUGGUAUUAGAGCCAUCUCCAGCGCAGGAGUGCCAGGCUUGCUUGAAGAUAUUCUAGAUAAUUCAAGACCGGUGUAUAAACGAAUGGUUCAUACAUGGAAUAGCCAGGGACAGCACAUGGAGAUCCCAAUGACAUACGGCCCACAGGGACAAUGUCUUCACACUCUGCAACGCGAGAAGAUAACCAAACAUGUCAUGUUGGCGCUUCUUAAAGAGCCUACGGCAAAGCUCUUUUUUAACCAGAAGCUGUCAGCAUGCGACUUUGAAGGAAAAACUGCGACUUUUGAAACAGUGACUUGGCGAGAGAAGUCCCGUUUCUCGGAACAAGAGCUUGCAAAUGCUGUCCUGGGUCAUGUGUCAUCUAUACCUAACGGAGCUGAAGCAGGGUGUGGAAAUGUAUUUCCAGCGCAAGGAAACGCAUCAAAGACCAAACGGGUGGACUUUGAUUUCCUUAUUGGAGCGGAUGGCACCUAUUCUAGUGUCCGACAGACCAUGAUGAGAAGCCUUGAGAUGGACUUCUCCCAAACUUACGCCAACGCAAUGUGGUGUGAUCUUAUCUUCCCUCCAGAUAAGAACGGUGACUAUCGGAUAGAUCCUAAGUGCCUUCAUAUAUGGCCAUCUAACCAAAGCAUUGUUAUCGCUCAGACAGAUAUAGAUGGAUCCUUCAGGGCCGGAAUGGUCUGUGACACGGAAAAGCUUAAAUAUUUUGAAGCACAUCCGGAGGCAUUUUCGGAUUUUUUUGUCAAAGAAUUUGCUGGAAUUGUGCCAGAUCUUCUUUCGGUGGAGGAGGUAACAAGGCAAUUCCUUGCACACCAAAAAAUACCUUUAAAGUCGAUCAAAUGCGGGAAGCUUGGGUAUAAAGAUAACGCUGUGCUCCUGGGUGAUAGCUGCCACACGAUGACACCUUUCCAUGCUAUGGGCAUGAUUACCGGUCUUGAAGAUGUACGUGUGUUCUUCGAAGAGUUCCGUGACCCCGGGUUAGCUGCUUUGCCAGAGGAUAUGGGUAGCAAUGGCCUUCCAAAAGAGAAGCCAUUCUGUGCUCCAGGCACUGUAAAUGCUUAUACAGAAUUCAGACUGCCAGAUAUUCACACUAUGGUGGACUUUGCGAGUGAGCAUUACCACGAGCUUCGGAUCGGCGUCAGAUCUCCAAUGACAAGGGCAAUGAAUAUGAUUGACCGUUUCCUCGGUGGUUGGUUACCGGCUUUAGGUUGGACGACGUUGUAUGCAAGGAUUCAAUUUCAGCACGAGAGGUUCAGCGUUGUGAAGGCCAAAGAACAGAGGCAGAGGAAAAUACUAGGCGUGAUAGUUGCUAGUGGUGCCAUGGUAGGCGCCAGCAUAGUCGCAGCAGGGGUCAUAGCUUUGCAGCCUAUGAUCACAUCGAUGUUUUCAGCGCCCGCCAGCUCUCAUUUCGCCCACGUACUUUCGCAGUCAACUUGA